CAGCUCCGUCCCGCCGGUUCCCACUGAACCCGCUCACCCCCCACCAGGAGACUGUCUCCGACUGAACCGAGCCCACCAUGGCCCAGGGUGGCGUGGUCAUCGACCCGGACCAGUUCAAGUGCGUGGUGUGUCUGGACCUGCUGAAGGAGCCGGUCACGGUGCCGUGCGGCCACAACUACUGCUCUGCCUGCAUCCAGCGCUGCUGGGAGCAGGAGGCGGGUCUGGGCUUCGUGUCGUGCCCCCAGUGUCGCCAGAGCUUCAGCCCCAGGCCCGUGCUGGCCCGCAACACCCUGCUGGCCAAGGUGGUAGAGAAGCUGCGGGAGGAGGCGCCCGAGCUCCUGAGCCAGAGCCCGGCGCAGGCGGACGACGUGGAGUGCGACGUGUGCAUCGGCAGGAAGAACAAAGCUGUCAGCUCGUGCCUGGUGUGUUUGGCCUCCUACUGCGAGCUGCACGUCCUGCCCCACCACCAGGGGGCGGUGUUCGCCAAGCACAAGCUGGUGUGCGCCUCCAGGAACCUGCAGCAGACGCUGUGUCCGCGGCACAGCAAGCUGCUGGAGGUGUACUGCCGCACGGACAAGCUCCUCAUCUGCUCCCUCUGUCUGACGGACCAGCACAAAGGGCACGACUCGGUCCUGGUGGAGGCCGAGGUGCAGCAGCAGCAGCAGCACAUCGCGGAACUGAAGCUCCAGUCUCAGCUGAAGAACCAGCUCAGAGAGAGACUGGCUCAGCAGCUCAACGACGCCAUCUUCACCUUAGCACGCUCGGCUCAGGCGGCCGUCAACGGCAGCGACGCCAUCUUCAGCGAGAUGUCGCACUCGCUGGAGCUGAAGCGGCAGGAGGUGAGGGACCUGAUCCGCGGGCAGGAGAUGGCGGCGGUCAGCGCCGCCGAGCAGCUGAUGGUGCAGAUCCAGAAGGACGUCGCUGAGCAGAAGAGGAAGGAGGCCGAUCUGGACAACCUGUGCCAGAGCACCGACCACGUCCUCUUCCUGCAGAGCUUCGAGUCGCUGCUGUCGCAGGCCGACCCCCCGCUGCCCUCCGUCGCCGUGGACACCGACGUGUGUUUUCGGGCGGUGGUCCGGGAGGUGUCGGGCUACAGGGGGGCGCUGCAGGAGGUGUUGGACCAAAGGUCCGCCACCAUCCUGGAUAAAGUGAAGAGGACCAAGAUCGUGGUUUCUCCUGAGCCAGAGGUGCAGCUGAGUCGUCUCUUUCUGGGAGACGUCUUUCCUUUCCACAGACAGGAAGCCGCAGUCCGAUGCCCGGGACUGGACCAAAGACCCACGGGUCCCGUCAACUCCUUCCCGCCCUCCGGGCCUCUGCAGCACGCCUUCAACACCUGCACCAAAGAAGAAGUGCAGUCCAGUUUGUUUAUUUUUCGGCGGACGGUUCGAGCGAUGGCUCAGGGCGGGGUGGUCGUGGACCGGGACCAGUUUAGCUGUUCCAUCUGCCUGGAGGUGCUGAAGGACCCGGUGACGAUCCCGUGCGGCCACAGCUACUGCUCCGCUUGUGUCCAGAACUACUGGGACCAGGACGAGUAUCUGGGCGUCUUCCUGUGCCCCCAGUGUCGCCAGAGCUUCAGCCCCAGGCCCGUGCUGGCCCGCAGCACCCUGCUGGCCAAGGUGGUGGAGAAGCUGCGGGAGAGCGGGCUGCAGGAGGCGCCCGAGCUCCUCAGCCAGAGCCCGGCGGAGGCGGACGACGUGGAGUGCGACGUGUGCAUCGGCAGGAAGAACAAAGCUGUCAGCUCGUGCCUGGUGUGUUUGGCCUCCUACUGCGAGCUGCACGUCCUGCCCCACCACCAGGGGGCGGUGUUCGCCAAGCACAAGCUGGUGUGCGCCUCCAGGAACCUGCAGCAGACGCUGUGUCCGCGGCACAGCAAGCUGCUGGAGGUGUACUGCCGCACGGACAAGCUCCUCAUCUGCUCCCUCUGUCUGACGGACCAGCACAAAGGGCACGACUCGGUCCUGGUGGAGGCCGAGGUGCAGCAGCAGCAGCGUCAGGUGAGUGAGUUGAAGCAGCAGGCCCAGCUGUGGAUCCAGCAGAGGGAGAAGGAGGCUCAGGAUGUGAACCAGGCCAUCUACGCUCUCACGUGCUCGUCUCGCGGCGCCUCCGAAGCCAGCGACAGCACCUUCGCCGAGCUGACGCGCACUUUGGAGGUGAAGCGCUUCGAGGUGCGAGAGCUGAUCAAAGCGCAGGCCGCUGUGGCGGUCAGUCAAGCCAAGCAGCUGCUGGAGAGGAUCCACAAGGAGGUGGCUGAAGUGAAGAAGAAGGAGGCGGAGCUGGACAAGCUGAGCCAGACCGACGACACCGUGCUUUUCCUGCAGCGUUAUCAGUCCCUGGGCUCUCUUGCUCCUGCCGCCCCCAUGCCCCCGUUCACCUUUGACCCCAGCCCCAGCUUCGACCCGGUGGUCCGGGCCGUGUCGGAGUUCAAAGGGCUGCUGGAGGAGAUUUCUCAGGACGGCUUCGUGAGCGUCUACGAGAGAGUGAAAGAGGUGGCCAUCGUCACUUCCCAAAAUCCUGUCCAGAUGAGUGCAGUGCAGCCGGGCCCAAGCGGGUCAUCCCCGCAGCCACAGGAAACAGCAGCUGCUCCUCUGGGUUUGGACCAAAGACCUUUCGGCCUCUUCAGUCCAUCCCUCUCUCCCGGAGCCUUCAACUUCACAAACACACUGCACCUGAAGGCAGCACCAGCACACCUGCAGAAGCCCCGCCCACUCGAGCUACUCUGUUUGGCCGCCGAAAUGGCAGCGACAACCAUCUCCAUCGAGGAGGAUCAGUUCUGCUGCUCGGUGUGUCUGGAGGUGCUGCGGGACCCGGUCACCAUUCCCUGCGGACACAGCUACUGCCUCGCUUGCAUCCAGGACUACUGGAGCCGCGACAGGGCCCGGGAGCAGUACAGCUGCCCGCAGUGCCGCCAGGUGUUCCGGCCCAGGCCGCUGCUGAACAGGAACACGGUGCUGGGGGAGGUGGUGGAGCGGCUGCAGCGGUCCGCACCUGCGGCCGAACCGGAACCGGAGAGCAGAGCCGCCAUAGACGCGGAGGGCAGGUGCAGCGCAUGCGCCCUGCCGAGAGUCCGAUCCUGCGACACCUGCCGGAAGUCCUUCUGCGCGAGCCACCUGAGGGUCCACGAGGAGCGGUUCCGCGGGAAGAACCACAGGACGGCUCCGCACUCGGAGGAGACGCUGUGCCCGCAACACAAGAAGACGCUGAGAGUCUACUGUCGCACCGACCAGCAGGGGGCGUGCUCGCAGUGUGCGAGGCAGCGGCACAAGGGUCACGAGCUGGUGCCGGCGGAGGAGGAGCGGGCGGCGCAGCAGAAAAGCCUCCGAGACGCGGCGCUCGAGUCCAGCCAGCGGCUGAAGGAGGCGGAGAAGGAGCUGCGCUACGUCAUCAGAUACGUCAAGCACUCCACGGCAGCGGUGAUCGAGGAGAGCGAGCGCAUCUUCACCAAACUGAUCCGCUCCAUCGAGAAGCACAGCACGGAGAUGAAGGAGCUGAUCCGGGUCCAGGAGCGGGCCGCCCUGGGCCAGGCGGAGGGCCUUCUGGAGGAGGUCCAGAGGGAGCUGGCUGAGCUGAAGAGCAAGGAGGCGGAGCUGCAGAAGCUCAUCGCCACCGACGACCACGCCCACUUCCUCCAGCGAGCCAAAGCUCUGAGUUUCCCCUGCAAGACGGUGGAGAUGCCCAGCACUGACAAGCUGCAGUACCUGAUGUACAAGAGUGUGAAGAAGUCUCUGGCGGAGCUGAGCGACAGCCUGGAGGACACGCUGACCAAGGACUUCGGCAGAAUCUCCGACAAAGUGUUUUCACUGAAGGACAGCAACAGCAGCUCGGACCGCAGCAAAGCCAAGGACCCGGACGUCGGCAACAAUUCUGAACCCAAGACCAGAGAGGAUUUCCUCAAAUACGGCCAGGACGUCACCCUGGACGUCAACACAGCCAACCAGUACCUGAGGCUGUCGGAGGACCAGCGGGGGGCGACCACGCGCUCCGAGCCGCAGCCGUAUCCGGAGCAUCCGGAGCGCUUCGCCAGCUGGGCCCAGGUUCUCUGUCGGGCCGGCAUGGCAGGCCGCUGCUACUGGGAGGUGGAGUGGGCGGGGCCCGGCGGCGUCUCCGUCGGCGUGUGCUACCGCAGCAUGAGCCGUAGCGGGGGCGACAGCGACAGCAAGCUGGGCCACAACUCCAAAUCCUGGAGCCUGGACUGCUCGUACUCAGGCUGCUGGUUCCACCAUGACAGCCAGACUCUGGCCAUCCCGGCCCGCAGCUCCGCCCGGGUGGGCGUCUACCUGGACCUGAGGGCCGGAGUCCUGGCCUUCUACAACGUGACCGAGUCCAUGACUCUGCUGCACCGGGUCAGGACUACCUUCUCUCAGCCCGUCUACCCGGGCUUCUGGGUGGGACUGGGCUCGUCCCUGAAAGUGUGUCCCCUCCCUGUGUGAGCGACAAAGGACAGACAAGAGUGGCGGCCACAGCUUUGGAACUUUAAUUGGCAGCAUGUGGAGAGCGGCGCUCAGAUCUUGUUGAAGGCAGCAACAUCCACGCUCUGCACCUGCAGACAGGAGGAGGCGCGUGUGAGUUGACGACGGCUCCACCUUGCGGCGGCCGGACGACCGACUCACCAGGUCCUCGAACUUGACGAUCUCCUCUUCCAGGAUGUCGGUGCCGACCUUGUCGUCCUCCACCACGCAGUUGAUCUGCAGCUUCUUGAUGCCGUAGCCGACAGGCAGCAGCUUGGAGGCUCCCCACAGGAGGCCGUCCAUCUGCACCGAGCGCACCGCCGCCUCCAGCUGCACCAUGUCGGUCUCGUCGUCCCACUGCGCCACAAGCAUUUCACCCGCUCUCAAGUGUCCACACCAACUUCAACAACUUCUCCACAGCUCCCAGUUUGGGUGUGACUGUUUUUUGAAUUGUUUUUACAUUUCCAGUGCAGC